GGAGACACCCUAUAUAAUCGUACGUGGCAGCCCCCGAGAAGCAUCCAAACACGCAUUUCACGCUUCGGUACACGCGUCCACAACAUACAUAUAUAUAAAUAUAUAUAUAUAUAUACAUAGAUAGCACAAGGUGCUUGUGCUAUCGAGAAAAUCGAGAAGCGAUUUUUGAAAGAAAGGAAGAAAGCGAUAAAGGUUUGGAGAAUUGUAAAAAAAAAGAAGAGGAUUUGAAACAAAGCAGUAAGGGUUUCAUCUCUUUUUUUUUAAAUUAAAAAGAAAAAUAGUUUUCCUUCCUUUGGAAAAAGGAAUGAUAAGAAGGAAGGGAUAAAUAAUUGAAGAUUAAAGAGCAAGGACAUUUUAGAGAAAAGAGGAGAGGAGUCUAUCUGUAUCAAGAGAAGAGGCAGAACAAGAAUUGGUGAAAGGGGGAGAGGUGAGACUAGAGAAAAAAAAUAAAGGAAAGGAUAAGAAGGAUAAGAAGGAUAAGGAGGAUAAAUUUUCCCGAAAAAAAGACGAAAAUUUGAAAUCCAUCGUAUAUAUAACUAAGAACAUCUUUCUCGCUGGCUAGUGUUGAGUCUUCGUCUCUUGGAAUUACUGAGUAGACAGAAUUAUGUCUGUGAGCUCUGCUUGGCUCAGUUGAGACUUACGGCUCACGCCGGGCACACACGCAUACGAAUCUUCCUAGUUAUACGCACCUCGGCCACGGGCUGCUAACUUCGGUCCGAUACCGGUCCGCGUACCAGUACCAGACCGAUCGCGGACGAGUUUGAGAAAACGCGUGGAGAAAACGUUAUCCUUGUAUUUGAAAAGGGGUUGGGAGAAAGAGGGGGUGAGAUAAGCGAAGGAACACAAGAGAGGACUGGAGGACUUAAAAAGAAAAAUUCAAUUUAUCUCCACAAUAUCGAUUUGGAUUAUGAUACAGAUUUUGAGGCAUAAUGAUUCCAGAUCGAUAAUCGAUCGUUAACUAUCGAUUGUGCUGUGUGCACCAGUGUAUAUUAUUGAUACCAUCGAUUGGUUCGUUAUCGCGCAUCAGGAAGAAAUAAUUUCGAAAGAAAAUUUUGAAUUCCUUAACAAUGAGGAACUCUAAGCAGGGUGUUGUACUGCUGGUUAUGUUAGUUCUUACUGGCGUCGCGACGUCUCAUCGACACUAUCGUCACCGUCACCCAGAUAAGGGCGAUCCUGAUUUGUCAAUAAAUGCUCAUGCGGAUAUAGUGAGUGAGAAGAAUGAUCAUCCCCAGGAUGUGAGUGUCGCAAAGAAGACGAUCAAACAGGAAGAUACUUCAAGUACUGUACCAAUCAGUACUAAGCGAUUUGAGAAGAUGUUACAGAAGGCAAUCUUGAAGAUCAUCACAGGUGACCUGAGUACGGGGGAUAUGCUCCUGUUGAAGAGUUUGAACUACAGUCUGGACGAGGUCCUGGCGAUUAGGGAACGUGAGCUGAAUAGAAAGCUGAUUGAAAAGGAGAGGAAGAGUGGUCACGAUGAGAUAUGGCGAGGUGGUAACAAGGAUAACCGGAAGAAGGAUCCUUCGAGGAAGUUUGAGAAACCCCUGGAGGAGUACGAUUAUUUAGCACGUUACGGGGAUGACACCAGGAACCAGAUGGAGACCGACUACGAAGACGCGAAGGAGGUUAAGGGUCGUAAGAAGGAAUUGUCUACCGAUAACAAACGUCCUUACGAAUCGAGGAACUUCGAUUUGGACCCGUACAACAGGCAGGAUGUAUUGCACUAUGAGACACCAGAGUCCAGGAUGGACAACAAGCAGUCCUGGGGUGACGGCACUGUGGAUUACGAAGACUCGCCUAAGGAUCUCGAACCCAAGGAAAGCCUGGAGAAUCCUCACGUGAACUUUGACAGAGCCAUGGAGCCCCACGUGGUAUUCAAGAUCCGGUACGAUGAUUCAGAGUUCGAUUCGAAUUCCGACGAGAGGGUCAAGUCCCAGGAGAUAACGGAGAACGUAUCGACUAUGAAGAAUCCUGACAGCACUUUUCAUUUUGUCGAUAAUCGUUCUGGUCCAUCACUUCCUAUAGUUUAUCGGCUGGGACAGACUGCUAGACCUGGGGAACACCACGAGGACUCUGCAAUUACUACAGAAGGGUAUACGGUAAGCACUGCCAAUGUCCAGACCCAGUUCUCCAGCAUUGACAAGACCAGUCAGACUUCUGGCCACCAAGUCCUGAGCUCGUAUACCACCGCUGCUAGCACAGACAAUGUCAGGAUGGAUCUGACUACCGGAAGUAACCAUCAGGAUGACGUCACCGAGAAUCCUAUGAAAAUUCAUAACGAUUCUUCGGCUCUGGAGAAUUUUGAAAAGUCAACAAAAAAUUUUACCAACUCCUCCAGGAAUAGCACCGAGUACGAGGGUCUCGAAUGGGUCGAGGAUGACGUGUAUCGUGUAAUACCGGAAGCCAUGGAGUUGGUGAAUUACGAUGUUAACGACACCGUGGCGUCUGAUUAUUAUGAGCAAAACUCAUCUUAUCAGAAUCUAUAUGCAUCUGUGGAUUAUGCUGAUUAUAACGAGACGAUGGGUUAUCAAAAAGAUAUGCCAGAUGCGGUGCGGCUCUUCAUGGCCAAUGCCAAUGUCACCCUGGACAAUGAUCCGACUACCAAUGUGACGUCAUACCAAGAAAUGAUGAUGGCUCAUCGUCGAGAUGGAAAUCUUUCGUCCAAUUUUGACAGUCAAGGCCAAAAAGCUAUCGAGGACAUAAAAUUGAGAGUACUGGCGCUUACUGGAAGAUUCAAUUUGAGCACGAGUCUCAAUCAAGUCCAACGUGAACGACUAACCAUGUUUUCGCCAUCUUGCCAGAUUCCAAGAAACACGGAUCCGGAAGCGUGGGCUGAUCCAUUCCUGAUGAACAUGCAUUUCCAGCUGAACUUGACUUCCACUGAGCACGUGGUCGCUGCGAAGUUGCGACUGUUCAAACUUCCGCAAGACAAUCUAACGGUGAUCACAGGAAAUGUGGGUACUACCGACGAGGAUGAAGAAGACGAGAAAAAGAUCAGGAUAUCUAUUUACUUCUAUACGAAAUCCUUGAAGAAGCAUCGCUCGAAAAAACGCCUAAUAGAUUCCGUGGUCACGCCGUUAACCUCAGAAGGAAGUCAUCUAGCUCUCGACGUACGACAGAGUCUUCGAUUCUGGCAAUUAAGACAAAGAAACGGUCAUGGAAAUGGCAACAAUCACGGCAUAGUUGUUCAAAUAGAAGAUCAAGAUGGCCGACCAUUAAAACCAGCAGAGUACAUACAGCAACCCUCCUGUCACACAGCAGAAGACGAUGCGGAUGACAAGGCAUAUCAACGACAGCCUGCACUUUUCGUCAGAGCCUGUUCUCGUUACGUUCGCGUCGUAAAUGGCGAGACAGUCACAUAUGUGGAUUGUCGAUCGUCCCAACAUAGAAAGGGGUGAGAACUUAUAUUGAAGAGAAAUAAUAUUAAAUAUAUUAUUAUAAUAAUACCAGAAAGUGGAGACUAAAAUAAUGUAUAGUUAGAUAGUAAGAGGGACGGUGGACGUUGGGGGGGGGGCGCCUUGUGGAAGGAAGAAGAAAUCUCAUUAAUUGACGUUACAAUUAAUGGUAAUGAAAUUAUACUAAUAAACGGGAGUAUUCACUCGUGAUGUCGCUAUGGACGUCGUUUAUAUUAUACACGGGGGAAACAAUCUCUUAAAAAGUCUUCAUAACUUAAUUUUCGUGUGUGCUCUUUAGAUUGACAUUUAUUAGCUUUAGCGGGAAUUAUAAUUAAUAUAUAUAUAUAUAUAUAUAUAUAUAUAUAUAUAUAUUAAUUCGUUUAUUAAAGAAUGCAUGGUCCCGCCUAUCUAUCAUAUUGCAUGUAUAUCAGUGAAAGUGCAAACAACAGAGCGCGAGUAUAAUAAUAUAAAACUGAGGACACUUAUAUGCUGCAGGAAGAGUACGCUGAUUGAUUAUUUUUUUAUAAUUAAAUUAAAGUUAUUCAAUUAAUUAAGCGAGUAGUAAACGCGAGUAGAUAUAUCGUUUAAGUUAUGUAAAAUAUUAUAUAUGUAGAUAUGCGAUAAUGCACAAUAGAUUUGACUCUGUAGGGUGUAAAUAUUGGUGAUUAGCUUUUUCUGUUUCAAUUUUUCGUUCUAUUAAUACACGAUAAGCGAAUUACUUUAUCUUUCUUGCUGCUUAAAAAUUAAUUCUAUUUUUACCUUUUUUUAUAUCUCUUUUGCUCUCGAUUUUAUAAUAUAGAAAGUUAUAGCGUACAGCUGUCGAUGACUGAUACAGCCAAAUGUAGAUGUUUAAGCUUAAGUAAUAUUUAUGUUCAUUAUUAUUAAUUAUAUUGAAUUUCAUAUAAGAAGUUUGUACGAACAUUCAUUAGUGUGGUAUUAAUAUAUAUAUAUUUGUAAGUGAGUACUUUAAUUGGGAAGGAUCAAUCUGUGUUGUAUAUAAUGUAUAUUAAUUUUUUUCUCGUCGAAAUAAAUAUAUUGGGAGUUGGUGGAAAAUAA